AAAAAGAAGUAAUUUAUUUCAUUUCUUAGAUGCUGCUAAGAAGUACCAUGAAUACCUUGUGAGGCCUCUAACCCAAGCCCAAAGGAAGGUGGUUUUCAAAAAGAACCGGUUAAUACAAAGAAGACAGCGAUUGUUUGAAAGGUGUCUCAAACAUGCCAUUGGAUGAGAGGUAGCAGUGGUUCAGAAGUUGAAUGAGAAGUACAUGUCAGACGAGGAAACUGAUGUUGAAGACAACAGUCUGCUUUUAAAACAUUCGCUUACUUGGAGAAGUGAAAGACUAAACACUCUUAUACAAAAGCUUGAUUUUAGAUACAUGGAGGCGAGGAAGAAGAAAGAAAACUCGAAACCCCUCAAGGCACGCAAGGAUGGAUCGCCAUCGAAG